UCAUUUCACCAAAAACACUGAAGCAGAUCUUGACCUCAUCGCUUAUGACGUUAGGACCUUACACUCAACAAGAGUCAAACUCUCCAAGUAUAUUCAGAACUAUUCAAUUUCUCCAAUAAACCAAAAACAUUCGUCUAUUUUCAACUCUUUAACAAUGACCCUUUGACAUUGGAUGGAAAAUAAACAUUCACUAUAGACAAAUUACAAAGAUAAAACCCAGAUGAUCCCAGCUGUGGCUCCUGCAAUUGCUCUUCACCCUCUUCACCUUCUCAUCCUGUUCAUGCUGGACCUUCCAUGACCAACAAGAUUCAUUCGAAGAGAUUCAAUGAUAUAAGCCAGCUUCAUGAACUGAUUCAGUUUAUCGAAGAGCUAUUGAAGAUCGCGUCAGGAAAGAAGAGUAGAGAAGGAUGUAGCUCAGCAGUAAGCUCUUAUAUCCAGGAUGGGCAGACAUUACUGCAGCUAGUAGAGGAAAACAUUGAUAGAUUUCAUAAAACGAAUAUUCUUUUACAGAAACAUUCCAUGGCUGGCACAAGUGCAGAGAUAGAAAGAAUUGUUAUAGAAUUGCUCGAAGGUGCUGGGAAAAUUCGUUGGGUCGGAGCAGCACUUUCUAUGGUGGGAUUUGUAUUGGAGAGAUGUAUUCAGACUUCUCACAACAAGAGUGAGUGCCUUGAAAUUCUGAGAAGGAUGGUUAAUCUUGGAAAGCAAAUUCUGCAGCUGAAUGACCAAAUGCCAGACGAGAAGCAAAAACUCAAUGAAGCAGUCCAAUGCAUUGUUGUAGGAUGCACAAUGUGCGCUUCCCAACUUACAACAGCAAGGGUUUUUAGGUUUCUUACUGCUUCAGUGAAUGCCGAUAGUAUACAGAGCUUCCAAGUCAAAAUAGACCGCUUGUAUGAUGAUCUUGUACUGUGGGGUAUAACUGACAUGGAGAAAAGAUUGACAAAGGUUGCUCCGCAGUCACAGGGACUCUAUGCAUACCAAACAGCAGGCUGUGAUUCCUGCAAUUGCUUCUCACCCUCUUCACCUUCUCAUCCUGUUCAUGCUGGACCUUCCAUGGCCAACAAGAUUCAUUCGAAGAGACUUAUACUGAGAUUCAAUGAUAUAAGCCAGCUUGAUGAACUGAUUCAGUUUAUCGAAGAGCUAUUGAAGAUCGCGUCAGGAAAGAAGAGUAGAGAAGGAUUUAACUCAGCAGUAAGCUCUUAUAUCCAGGAUGGCCAGACAUUACUGCAGAUAGUAGAGGAAAACAUUGAUAGAUUUCAUAAAACGAAAGAUUCCAUGGCUGGCACAAGUGCAGAGAUAGAAAAAAUUGUUAUAGAAUUGCUCGAAGGUGCUGGCAAAAUUCAUUGGGUGGGAGCAGCACUUUCUAUGGUGGGAUUUGUAUUGGAGAGAUGUAUUCAGACUUCUCACAACAAGAGUGAGUGCCUUGAAAUUCUGAGAAGGAUGGUUAAUCUUGGAAAGCAAAUUCUGCAGUUGAAUGACCAAUUGCCAGACGAGAAGCAAAAACUCAAUGAAGCAGUCCAAUGCAUUGUUGUAGGAUGCACAAUGUGCGCUUCCCAACUUUCAACAACAAGGGUUUUUAGGUUUCUUACUGCUUCAGUGAGUGCCCAUAGUAUACAGAGUUUCCAAGUCAAAAUAGACCGCUUGUAUGAUGACCUUGUACUGUGGGGUAUAACUGACAUGGAGAAAAGAUUGACAAAGGUUGCUCCGCAGUCACAGGGACUCUAUGCAUACCAAACAGCAGUCGGAAUUGAGAGUGGACGAGAAACAGUAAUCCGACUGCUAGAUUUGGAAGCACAACAUUCAUCAGUACAGGUAGUGGUUGUCUAUGGAUUAGGAGGGAUGGGCAAAACGACACUUGCUGAUGCCGUUUAUGCAAACAUCGACCUCCAAAAUUAUAAGCAUUGCAGAAUUCACAUGGAACAAAACUGUACCAAGAAUGAUCUUAAAGUCCUUCAAGAACAGAUUUUGAAUGCAUUGUUCCACCAGAAUGUGAAAUUGACUGACUGUCACCAAGGUCAGGGAAUGAUCUGGUCUUUCUUAAAAAAGAAUCCCAAUCAGCCAGUAUUUCUAUACAUUGACAAUGCUCUGAACAAAGCAGAUUUGAAACAACUUCUACCUACAGAAUUGGGCAGUUGCCUUCCACCUAAGAGCAGAAUUCUUGUCACUACCCGAAAUCUUCAGGAGACGGACAUCUUUGUCUACAGGAAUAUCCAACGCCGAGAAUAUGCGGUGAGUUUUCUCCCUCCGAGAGAGGCCAGAAAGAUUUUGUUGAGGAAAGCUUCAGAGCACAAUGAUGAAAACAACAUAGACGCUCUGCUCAAGCUUUGUGGAGGCGUCCCACUUCUACUGGAAAUAAUUGGCUCGCAACUGGGCAUCAGUUGUAGAAAUACAAAUAAUAACAAUAAAAUAGUAUUAGAGUUGAUUAGAGAAGGGGAGAUGGUGGAAGAGGAAGAUAUAAGUGACAGAAUAGUUGAUUAUGUAUACCACAGAUUGUUACCCCCUGUUAAAGAAGCCUUUCUAGACAUCACAUCCUUGCUCUGUUAUUGGCCAAGGGAAGAAGUGGCAUACAUAGUUGGAGAAGAGGAGUUCAGAGCUCUUGAAGAUGCAACAUUUGUCAAGACAUCAGAAGAUGGUCGUGUGAUUGUUCAUGACAUUGUUCGAGCAAGAGGGAAAAAGAUGUCAGAACAAAACAGAGUCACGGACCCUGAGACUUUAUUGAAAUGUCUCAAAGACGAAGAGAAACUCAAAACUUUAAGAGGCAUCUUUCUUAAUAAAAAAUAUGACCACCCUUCAAUCGUACUUAAUGAUGAACAUCUGAAGUGGAUGAGCAACUCAUUAAGAGUGCUAUCUUAUGAAGGAUCACAGAUAACAUUCAGGGGGAAAUGUCAUAAACCAUUAAGACAACUUAGAUACCUCCAAAUUGCAAGUGACAUUCCAGAUUUACCAAUGGAGUUUGAGAAACUUGAGCAUCUCUCCAUAUACAGGGGCCCAUUCCUGCCAGGCAUGAGUUUUAAUGAGUUUCCUCCCAGCUUGCGCGUAAUGACCUCACUAAACCUCACAAAGAUGCAUGCUUCUUCACAGAACAGAGUUGCAUAUUCUCAAAUUCCCACCAAAGUCACUCCAGAUUCUUCACUUGUAAAAUUAAGCUUAUAUGGUUUGAAAAAUAUGGAAAGGCCACCAGAUGGAAUGGAAAAUCUAACAAAGUUAGAGCAAUUAUAUUUAAGAGGUUGCCAUCAGUUGAGGGAAUUGCCUUCCGGACUUGGGCAACUGAACAAUCUAAAAGAGCUGCGUCUAAGUCAGUGCCAAGAAUUGAAAGAGUUGCCUUCAAACAUUGGGCAACUGAGCAAUUUGAAAUCACUGUAUUUAUAUGACUGCUCUGCAUUAAGUUUAUUGCCUUCCAGUUUUGGGGAUCUCAUUUCCCUAAAAACUUUGCAAUUGAGUUAUUGUUCAAGUUUGAAAAUGUUGCCUUCUAAUUUUGGGCAACUCAAAAAGUUGGAAGAGUUGGAUUUGAGACACUGUUACGGGUUAGAAGAAUGGCCAUCGAACUUGAGAGAUCUAACAGAGAUGAAGAAGAUGGUUUUGGUGGGUUGUUCUUUGAAACUGAAAGAAUCAUUACCUCUUCAUAUCAAAGAAAGUUGUUUUAUUGUAUUUGAUUAAAUAAUUCCCUCAAAAAUCAUUCAAUUGUUAUUUUGAGAGGAUUUUGUAGAGGUCUCUAGCCUCCUGCUUGUCUUCCUCAGUGUCUGCAUAGCAUUCCCUGAGAAGAAAGAGGGUGAGCGCGGAGCUCUGCACAUGAAAUUUGUUAAGGCUCACCAUUUGAGCUCCCCAAGUCUCCAUCUUGUUAAGGCCCACCAUCUUGGGCUUCCCAAGGACUUUGCAUUGUUUUACACAUGUAAAGUUUUUUAAUUUUA